GAGUCUGGUGCCGUGGCGACUGGUGUGCUUGCCGACGGACUGCCGACAACCCAAGCAAAACCAACGGCUAUUUUUCCACGAAAUAGGCUAAAAUUUACUCCUCUUCCUUAUUUCUGGUUGCUUUUUCUUCCCUUUCCUGCAUUUUCUUUUCUUUUCUUUUCCUUUCCUCGUUUCCUUGUUCUGGUCAGUAGUGUUAAGCAGCCAUAGAAGAGGACCACCCUUGGGCGGUUAGGGCCCAAUCUCUGCUGCUGCAUUGUCUAAUUCCUCUUUCUUCCUAAGUUCCUAUUUACUUCAUUUGUUUCUUUUCUGUUAAAGUAAUCUGUAAUUAAUUUCUGUCAAAAAGCUUACAUUAAGAUCUUCAAUGGCGGAAACUCCAUUAAAGACCAAGAAAAAAUCAUUUUCUUCUUCGAUUCUUUCUCCGAAUACCCCUAAUUUGAAAUCCCCAUCUUCAAUUGAGACAACCCCACUUCGUCGAUCUUCUCGUCGUUUAUCUCUUAAUUACAAUGAUUUAAAAUCAACUCCAGAGAAACCCAUUUUGAAUUUUCCCUCUAAAACCCCAGAUAAAUCCAUUUAUAAAACCCCCAAAAAAACUCCCAGAACCCCUAAAUCUCACAAUAAAUCCCAUCUUUCAAAUGUCCAUGUAGAUAAAGUUUCUAUAGACGAAACAUUUUACCCAAAAUCUCCUCCUUUAUCUGAAAAAAUAAAGAGAAAAAGAGGGGAUGAAUUGGGGAAUACAUCAAAAACUCGGGCUCGAGCUCGAAUUCAAGCUAAAAGUGGGCUAAAAAAGAGAGUGUAUUAUAAGAAAGCUGUGUAUGAUGGGGGUGAAUUUGCUGUGGGGGAUGAUGUGUACGUAAAGAGAAGGGAGAAUGCAAGUUCAGAUGAUGAGGAUCCUGAGGAGGAGGAAUGUAGGAUUUGUUUUCGAGGUGGUAGAGGGUUGAUGAUUGAGUGUGAUGAUUGCCUCAAUGGGUUUCACUUAAAGUGUUUGAAGCCACCAUUGAAGGAGGUUCCUGAAGGUGAUUGGAUUUGUGGGUUUUGUGAGGGUAAGAAACUGGGCAAGAAGGUUGAGCUUCCAUUGCCACCAAAGGGGAAGAAGAGGGUUAGGACUUUGAGGGAGAAGCUUCUUUCAAGCGAUUUGUGGGCUGCUAGGAUUGAAAGUAUAUGGAAAGAGGUGGAUGGAACUUAUUGGUUUCGGGCACAUUGGUACAUGAUCCCCGAGGAGACUGCAGCUGGAAGGCAAGCACAUAACUUGAGGCGAGAGCUGUACCGUACCAAUGAUUUUACUGAUGUAGAGAUGGAAUCUGUCAUUAGGCACUGCUUUGUUAUGAGUCCGAAAGAGUUUGCAAAGGCUAGUAAUGAAGGGGAUGAUGUCUUCUUUUGUGAGUAUGAGUAUGAUGUACGUUGGUAUUCUUUCAAGCGGCUUGCAGAGAUCAAUGAUGCUGAAGAGGAUGAUGACAGUGAUCAUGAUGAUGAUAGUGAUAAAGAUUGGAAAUCUGUCAAGGAUUCAGAGUCCGAGUCAGAGGAGGAUAUGGACUUCGACGAGGAAACUGAAAGGAGAAAAUCUUCAAAACCAUCUUCUCAUGAGUUGGCAGCAAACUCAAAGAAGGGACGCAUCUUUGGACUUCAGAAGAUAGGGACCAAAAGUAUUCCUCAGCACAUAAGAUGCCGUAAGCAAACAGAGCUUGAAAGGGCUAAACAGACACUGCUGUUAGCCACUUUACCAAAAUCACUCCCUUGUCGCAACAAGGAAAUGGAAGAGAUAACUGCUUUUAUCAAAGGUGCAAUAUGUGAUGAUCAGUGUCUUGGACGCUGCAUGUAUAUUCAUGGUGUUCCAGGGACUGGCAAGACUAUGAGUGUACUUUCAGUGAUGAGGAGCCUUAAGUCUGAACUUGAAUCAGGAAGUAUCAAACCCUACUCCUUCAUAGAGAUCAAUGGUUUAAAACUAGCAACAGCAGAAAACAUAUAUAGGGUUAUUUAUGAAGCAUUGAGUGGACACAGGGUCAGUUGGAAAAAAGCGCUCCAUUUCCUCAAUGAGCGCUUUUCAGAAGGGAAACAAGUUGGAAAAUUCGAGAAUAAACCUUGCAUCCUUCUCAUUGAUGAACUUGACCUUCUUGUAACCCGAAACCAAUCGGUACUUUAUAACAUCCUUGAUUGGCCUACUAGACCAAACUCUAAGCUGAUUGUAAUAGGGAUAGCUAAUACAAUGGAUCUUCCAGAGAAGUUGCUUCCUCGUAUUUCAAGUCGGAUGGGAAUACACAGACUCUGUUUUGGCCCCUAUACCUACCAGCAACUUCAAGAAAUUAUUCUGAGUCGACUUAAAGGAAUUGAUGCUUUUGAUAAGCAAGCUGUGGAAUUUGCUGCUAGAAAGGUAGCUGCUAUUUCUGGAGAUGCUCGUAGGGCCUUGGAGAUAUGUCGACGUGCGGCAGAAAUUACAGAUUACCGUAUCAAGAAUCAGUUCUCUCAAGCUGAUACUGCUAUUACUGAGGAAACACACGUUGGAAUGGCAGAAGUUGAAGCAGCGAUACAGGAAAUGUUUCAGGCUCCUCAUAUUCGAGUGAUCCGAAGCUCCUGUAAAAUGGGAAAGAUAUUUUUGGCAGCUUUGGUGCAUGAGCUUUACAAGACAGGAAUGGGAGAAACUACCUUUGAAAAGUUGGCUUUCACCGUUUCCUGUUUUUGCACAAGCAACAAUGAGCAGUUUCCUGGGUGGGAUACCCUUUUAAGAGUGGGUUGUAAACUUGGCGAGUGCAGAAUCAUCGUAUGUGAGCCUGGUUCUAAACACAGACUGCAGAAGCUGCAGUUGAAUUUUCCGAGUGAUGACGUGACAUUUGCUUUAAAGGACUGUCCGGAGCUUCCAUGGCUAGCAAAAUACUUGUGAUUCCGCCAUUCGAUCAACUUCAUACACUCAUGAGUCGACGUUGUGACUCGACCCAUUUACAUUUGUUGUUUCCGCCUUAAGGUUCAUCUGAGCUUGAAAUCGUUCAUUUUGAAUGAGUCAUGUGUAAUUGAAAUGUAAACCACAAGGCAAUUUUUUGUUAGCAAUUGUAUCCUUUUGAGGCAUUAUUAGUACACUUGAAGCU